AUGGAAACCCAGUCUCACAGUGCCAGGCCAGAUGCUCGCUCUGUUAGACCACCAGUUGAAAAGGGUCAGAAACAGCACAGCGCGGCACAGAAGAGCCUGCAGUUCCAGGCUCAGACCAGGAGCAACGCGAUGGCAGCACCAGCAUCGUCAGUAGGUGCUGGAGAGCCAAUGAGCCGGGUGGAAAGGAGGAAGGAUUGA